AUGAGUGUCCCUGCAGAGCUACAAUCUAACCCUACGACGGGCGAAAACAAGAUCCCAGAUACAGAGGGGAAGAAGAAACGAAUCUAUCUCAAUGCGUUUGACAUGUUCAGUGUUUCCCAUCUAAGCCCCGGACAAUGGAAGGUCAGUCAGUCGCCCCUCUCCCUAUUCAUUCAACAUCAACACCAGGAAACGCUGACAAGUUGCAUCUUUAAGCGGAAAGGAGACCAAAAUGCCACAAAACGAAAUCUGGAUUACUGGAUCAAUCUCGCUAAAUUGCUAGACCGCGGUGGCUUUGAUAUGCUCUUCCUGGCCGACACAUAUGGGGGAUACGACACAUACCAGGGCAGCCUUGACGAGUGUAUCCGUCGAGGUGCUCAAUGGCCCGUUUUGGAUCCAAUCAUUCCUAUAUCGGCAAUGGCAGCAGUAACCAAGAACUUGACCUUUGGCGUCACGGCGUCAACAUCCUUCGAGCCACCAUUUCUCCUAGCAAAACGCUUGUCAACGCUCGACCAUCUGACCAAAGGGCGAGUCGCGUGGAACAUCGUGACAUCGUGGAAAAAGGGCGCCUUUAAAGCAAUUGGGCUGGACUCCCCUGUUGAACAUGACCAACGCUAUGCUGUAGCUGAUGAGUACAUGGACGUGGUGUACAAACUGUGGGAAAGCUCCUGGUCAGACGAUGCCAUCGAGGAAGACGUUGACAACGACACCUAUGCGAACCCUGACAAGGUCCGCCAGAUCAACCAUCAUGGAAAGUUUUUCAACCUCGAGACUCGCCAUAUAGUGGAUCCUUCUCCACAGCGAACACCCCUCUUGUUUCAAGCGGGCACUUCAUUAGCCGGCUCGGGCUUCGCUGCCAAGCAUGCGGAGGCCGUCUUUGUAACAGGCCAAUCUGCUUCUGCGCUCAGGCCAAAGGUUGACAACGUCCGGAGUCUCGCAAAGGCACAAGGUCGAGACCCGGACUCGGUCAAGUUCUUUGUGACAUAUGUACCAAUUAUAGGGCGGACCGAAGACGAAGCCCAGGCAAAGUACCACGAAUUCAGAAAGCAUGCCUCGGUCAUCGGGGCGCUUGUGCUCUUCAGUGGACAGACGGGAGUAGAUGCGUCCAAUAUUCCACUCGACGACGAAGUCCUUACCGCCGAGCAUUCUUCAAGCGAGAACAAGGUCCAAUCAGAGCUGUAUAACCUGCUCGCAGGAGGUGCAGAUGCCUCGGGAUCGACGCUACGAUCGGUCACCGAGAAAGUAGCCAUCGGCGUACUCGCUCCGGUUGUAGUAGGGUCUCCCACUACAGUGGCGGAUACCCUGCAGACAUUCGCCGAGGAAUCCGGCGUUGAUGGCUUCAACCUCAUCCACGUCACUUCACCGGGGAGCUUCGGGGAUGUUGUCGAGUUCUUGAUCCCCGAGCUGCGCAGGCGCGGUGUGUAUCCGGAGCCGGCUGAGGAGGACGAGCAACUGACUGCACGAGAGCGGAUAUACGGCCCUGGCCAGUCACGCCUGCGAGAUGACCAUCCGGGUAGCCAGUUCAAGUAUGAUGCAUAUCAGGAGGAGUGA